CGUUCCUCUCUCUUGUUGUCAUUUUCCUGCGCCGGUGAAAAACGCACGUUUUCCCCAUUUUCACCGACAUAAACAAAAGCUAUUUAUACACGAUCGGCCAAAUCGGAGAGGCAGCCUAAGUGCGGCAGUAGAAUUCUUUGUUUUCCGAAUCCGAAUGCGUGCAGUGGGCUGUGUGUACAUGUGGAUGUUGGCCAAAAACAAGACGGCGGCCAAUUAGAGCAGCAGCAGAAGAGGAAGCUCACGAUUUAUUGGGCAAUUGUGGCCAAGAAUCCCAAAGGGGCCACUUCACGCUUGUAAACAAACGGAUAAAUAAUCGAAUGCAUAGACACACCAAUGGGAUAACCACCUAGAAGGAGCAGACUAUUCAACCAUCAUGAUUCAUACCAUCACCUAUUGGUAGUCACUGAUCUGAUCUUAUCCCGAAACACGGAAACACUAAGAUAAGCCAAUUGCCAAGAAUUUGAGUGCUCAGUUGUGUCAACAACCGGAUCUGAUUGACUUGCUGCAGUAGAUGCGGCCACAAUUAAUUUGCACAACAAUGGACUGAUGCGAACAGUUGUUAGCCGAUGUCUGCCAAAAAAACGAAAAAUACAGCAAAAGGAAGGGCAGCGUCAGCAACAACAACAAUCGCCAGAGCAGCAGCAACAAUUGCAAGAACUGCGGCAAAUAUUGCAAGUGCAACGGCAACAACUGCAACAAUUGCCAGAGGAACAGCGGCGACAGCAGCAACAACAGCAGCAUGCCACUGUGCCAGCCCGGCCAUAUCAACAUUUCGGCUAGAAUUCAGCAAUUUGCCAGUGCGGCUAUCGCUGCGCAUACGUAAUAUUAAAAAUAGGCUAACGCCCAGGCUGCAGGAUGAACAAGCGCAGCGUCAUCAUCGCGGGAAUCGUGGCCAGCCUCUUGGGCUUGGCGCUCGGUGCCAACUUCUACUUCAUGUACUACCUGAGCGCCGAGGAGGGUCAUCUGGCCAGCGUUCGGGCGCUGGAGAACAUGAUCCGGCACAAGAUGCGCCACCUCAAACCCAACUACCUCAAUCGCAAUCCGCGCUUCUUCAUGUUCCGCAACAAGCUGCUCAAGAACUACAAGGCGGCGCCGUACGAAAACGCCAGUGUCCUUUGGGACAUUGCGAACUGGUGGCCCCAUGAAAACGAGGUCUAUCCCUUAUACGACUCAUCGAUGGGACAGCUUUUAGAAACACUGCGCCGCGAACCGAUCACCCGGGUGAGCAACCUGGGUCGGGGUACGCAGCUGAAGCUCCUGGUCCGCCUCUCCCAGCAGCAAAAGGUCAUCUUCAAGCCGCAAUGGUAUCCGCGGGACGAGGUCAUCGAUGGCUUGGUGUACAGUGGCAAGGAUCGGCACACUGCGGAAGUAUAUGCCUUCUAUCUGGGCGCCGUGCUCGACUUUCGAUGGACGCCCAUCGUUGUGGGUCGAGUGGUAAACCUGAAGAAAGAGAUAUAUGCCAAAGGCGAUCCCGAGCUCCAGCAAACCAUAAACAUCGAAACGGACGAGGAUGGCAAGGAAAAGUACUGCCUGUUUGGGAAGUGUCACUACUGCAACGAGGAGGAGACCGUUUGUGGCGACGAAAGGCACAACAUUGAAGGUGUGCUCAUCUAUAUUGUUCCUGGAACGUUGGCAAAGCGUCGAUCGCCUUGGCAACGCACCUACAAGGAUGACAAGCGUGCGCCUUGGGAGGACGACAUGACCUACUGCAAGUCGUUGAAAAAUAAAAUGGAGACAAUUCGUCUGCUGGACCUUAUAGAUGCCGCUAUUUUUGAUUACCUAAUUCAAAACGGGGACCGGCAUCACUAUGAGACGCGAGAGGAGCGCGUGGUGCUUAUCGACAAUGGAAAAGCGUUUGGAAACCCGAACAAGGAUCACUUGGACAUCCUUGCCCCACUCUACCAAUGCUGCCUACUGCGAAAGUCCACGUGGGAUCGCUUGCAAGUCUUUUCCGGCGGCGUACUCACGGAAAUCAUCGAUCGGCUUUCCAAGCAGGAUACCCUUUAUCCCCUCAUUACGGAUAAGCAUAAAAAAGGAGUGGAGCGACGACUUCUGGUGGUCUAUGCUGUUGUGGAGUACUGCAUGGACAUCGAGGGCGACAAAAUGUUCAAAACUCUGUAGUUCAAGCUUGAGAUUGUGGCUAAAAGCCAACACUAGAGCUUCCGGGACUCACUUUCCACAUCCUACUUAAGCUAAAGUUAGAUAGAGGAAUUAUCUUAUUAUUUUAGUCCAUGUUUUCCUUCGACAGCUGUCGGUAUUUCUCCCAACGUUUUUGAAUAUUUAAAUGCCCGAAACAGUUUUUUUAGUUAAUUUGUCGUUACUUGUAUUGGAUGUAUUGAAUGCUAGAUUUUGAAAAUUUUGAUGCCAUCCAUUCGAGAAUUUAAGUCAAAGAAGUCCUAAUCUUACAACAUUAGCUUUAACAAUUUGAAUGCAUAUAAAAUAAUUUUUAAAUUGAAACUCGGAGAAACCUGUUGCCAUGAUAUUUGCCACGACUAUUAAUUAUUAUUUGGUUUUCCAAUAUUUUUUCAAUGAACAUCUCUUACAUUAUUCAUAAAAUUUUAACAACAAACCCAACCUUAACAACAUAUCCGAUAGUCUAGUUUAAUGAAUAGUUACGGUUGUUAUUUAAUAGGUGAUAUUUUAGAAAAAUUGCAAAACUUGAUAGAAACAAGAAAUGAUAGUUUUGUAACUUUAAUGAGAAUGUGUAAACAAUCAAAAAAAAUAAAAACUUGUAUAAUUCACUUCUCGUUCUGCUUGCAUAUUUUCUAUUCAAUCCACAUAUAUACCAGUUAUAUAUAUUUAACAGACUUCGUCACGAUUGCAGUUUAUUUUUUGCCUUCUUUCCUUACAUUACUAAAUGUAAAAAGCUUGUUGAACUGCUUGUUGUUGCGAUUGUUGGGACGGUUCUAAAAAAAUCGUAAUUUAUUAUUAGUGCGGGAAGUAGAAAUUUAAUAAAAGCUAAAGCAGCUUUUAA